ACAGUUUAAUGUGAUAUUACUGCCACGUACGAAAACCGUCACGUUGCAAAGCGAAAAUACAACCAUAGCCGCACAGAUUAGCGGCUCCAUAAGCGCCCUGCGCGGGCCCAAGAAAACUUAGCGCGUACCUUUGCACACCAUUACUUGACCACACCAUCGCAUUUCAAUUCCGGUUUCCCGAACCUUUUCACCCCAUUGCAUCGUCUUCAAAUGGAAAUGUGUAUUGGUCCAAGGUGUCCAUGUAAAAUAGGUGUAAAAUGAAACCACAUCAUGCCUUACUGGCCACCCCUCCCUCCAUCCCAAGGCGAUCGUCAUGUGACAGCGCACAAGUGGCGCAGUAGUGAAGCGCCGCUGCAGGGGUCUUUUCUGCUCAUGUCACCGCAGAAAACUAUCAGUUGGUAAGAAGAAGGACUUAGAAACAGCUUCUUAGCUCAUCUCUCCCAAAAAAAGUAGAGGAAGGUUUAACAGAUGCCUCGACCGGGAAGAAACACGUAUAGCGACCAGAAACCUCCUUACUCGUACAUCUCCCUCACUGCUAUGGCUAUCCAGAGCUGUCCGGAGAAGAUGCUUCCUCUGAGUGAAAUUUACAAGUUCAUUAUGGACAGAUUUCCUUAUUACAGAGAAAACACCCAGCGAUGGCAGAACUCCUUGCGGCACAACUUGUCUUUCAAUGACUGUUUCAUUAAAAUCCCUCGUCGCCCGGACCAGCCUGGGAAGGGGAGUUUCUGGGCCCUGCAUCCCAGCUGUGGGGAUAUGUUUGAGAACGGUAGUUUCCUGAGGCGCCGCAAAAGAUUCAAGGUGAUGAUCUCCGGCCAGCUCGCAGCGGGCAAGCCCUUGGAUGCUGCCCACUACCUCCAACAACAAGCUAAACUUCGGCUCAGCGCCUUGGCCAAUACAGGCACUCAUCUGCCACAGAUGUCCAAUUACAGCCUGGGGAUGUCACAGCCUUCCACCUUCAAGCAUCCUUUUGCCAUCGAGAAUAUAAUUUCCAGAGAAUUUAAGAUGCCAGGGGGGCUGCCUUUCCCCCCAAUGCAACCGGUGUCAGCCGGCUACUCUCUGCAUAAUCAAUUAGCCACCGCUUGGCCCCAUAUGUACAGUACAAACGCGAUAGAUACAGUAGCUCAUAUUUCAACGACGAGCAAUGAUUACAGUGCCUUCGGGGUUCCUGUCAAGUCCCUUUGCCACGAUGGACAAACUUUACCGGCUAUCCCAGUGCCAAUAAAAGCGACGCCCGCGCCACUGUCAAAUCUUUCGGCAAUACCAGCACAUAUCCCGGCUUUCGCGCCGAACUGUUCCCAGUCCCUCAGUCUCACGUCCCAUCAGACAGCGAAUAACCGGCAUAUAAACAGUCCUCUUCGGGAAAGGACGCUGACAAACUCCGCCGUGAAUGAGUCGGUGGCAGUGCACUGAUACUGCCAAACCUUCAGGUCUUGUAGCCUGACAAAGUCUGCGCCGAUUGCCAAGAUUUGCUGUCCCUGAAAUCCGUGAAAACCGGAACACGACGAGAUAUAACACUGUUAAGGCAGAGUGUGUGUAUUUCGCAGUAAUGCUUAUACUCAUUUGUCCGAAUUUUAAAGUUCGAUAUCUGCCUCUGGACGUUGUAUUCAGUUGACGGGAUUUAAUCUUGAUUUUUCAGGACGCUGAGUAGCGAUGUGUUAUUAAACAGCUGUGACGUUAGCCAGUUUAUCAUUAAUAUGAUGAGAGCAAGGUAUUCCUACUGUUGGCAUUGUUUGCUGAUACAAAAGCAAAGAAAAUAAGAAGCAAAGACAUACACAUUGUAUAUUACAAUGAUAAAUAAAAGGCGUAUCUAAUCGUUGUAAGAGAAAGCCGUUACAUUUAUUACAUAACAAGUUUAAUAUAAAUGCAUGAUUACUAAUUAGAUAAAAUUUGUUCAGUGGUAAAAUUAACAAAAUAUUUAAAAAUGUUCUUAUUGGGUCUGACAGAAUCUUUGCUUUUGGCUGUUAAAUACUACAUUACAUUGCAGAAGUAGAUGUACAAACAGUUUUUAUGUGCUCAGAAUACUCGAUGCACUGCAUUACCAAAUAUGUAGUUAUUAGAUUUUUUAACUAUAACUGAAUAAAAAGAACAAUCACAGAAAUAUAAAUAUAUAUAUUUUUCUAAACUACCGAACUUGAAAUGUACUCAUUUAAUGAUACGAAAGUGCUAGGUACCUGUAAACUUAAGAUUUAAAUUAUUACUGCGAGAUAUC